AGCUAAGCAGCUAUGCAGCGGUUUUCCAAAGCGAAUUAAACUUUGUGUCUGUUUCUACGGUUUAUACGGAAACUGGGAUCAACAGAAAAACAGAGCAUCAUUUGACACGAGAUGAGGCGAGCCAGGGGAGACGGCGCGGAGGAGUCCCCCCGGCAGAAUGGCACCGCUGGCCGCAGGAGAGGCGAGCAGCGAGCGGACUCAGGUGACGGCGACGAUGCCGGCGGCGGCCUGGGACCAGCCGACAUGCCGGAGGAAGACAAUGACCCGGGUCUCAGGAGAGAGAUCCGGAGCAAGUACAGAGACCUGAUCAACUCAGUGCAACAGAACAGAGAAGAUAUGCUGAGUCCCUCCAAUAACAAACUACACGAGGUUUUGGAGGAGGCAAACAAACUUUUUAGAGAUGUGCGUCAGGCGAGAGAGGCGGCUCUGGACGCCCAGCUCCUUGUUGUGGCCACAGACCUGGGUAAGGAGAAGGCCAGCCAGCUCUUUGUUGAAGGCAACGCUUUUGAUCCGUCUGCCUUUGCUGAGCACCUCCUGUCCUUCAUGGGUUUGAACCGACUGGAAGAAGGGGAUGAGGAGCAGCAGCAUGGAGGUGGAGUUGAUGGCUACUUGCCCCAGGAUGCCUGGCACAGGGUGGCCGAAAGGGCAGAGCGCUGUUUCAGGACAGCGCCCUGCUUUCACUACAUGAUGGGCUCGUUCCACGCUGAGCCUCCUCCACCAAAGCAGCGGAUAGAGCGGCAAAGGAAAGCCCCCAGCAAGGAGGUCAAACGGAUCAUGCCCACUCAGUUGAAAAAAAUGGAAGAAUCCCAGCAAGAGGCGACUGAGAAGGAGGUGGAGAGGAUACUGGGAUACCUCAGGGGCUACUAUGCAGAUGAGCCAACAUCACCAAUAUCCUAUUAUGAGUUUGUCAUUGACCCCAAGUCAUUUUCCCGGACGGUAGAGAAUAUUUUCCACACAUCUUUUCUAAUCAGGGAUGGUUUGGCAAGAAUGUAUCUGGAUGAAUCCAAGCUGCCCUGUAUAGCUCCUGUGGAGGAAGGGGAGGUGGAAAAUGGAGGACUGAGCAGCCGUAAACAGUGUAUAAUCUCUAUCAGCCUCAGGAGCUGGAGGGAGCUCAUCGAUGCCUUGGACAUCAGUGAGCCGUUGAUUCAUCCUCCAACAUCGCAGAGUGUGUCUCAGUGAUGCACUGCUUUUGUCAUCAGAGGCAGUACAUUUUUUUAAGCAUAGUGUUUUUUUUAAUGUUAAUUCAAGUACAAAUUCUAAAAGGCCAUAUUUUAGGUCAAGCAACCAACAUUAUGACUUGAGGUCAUACGCUUUUGUACAUUUUGUUUUAAAAUUUAUUUUUACUGUUUUUAGGUACUUUGAAUAAUAAAGGAAAAAUAAAAGCAA